AUGCUCUGGCGGCAGGACUUGAACUCAACAUGUGGCGGUGACCGGACCCACAUCAAUCAGGCAGGGCAAAGAAUACACAUUCGGACACGCGACUGCGUCCCGGAAACCGCCCGGACCGACCAUCAGCGCCGACGCCGACGCCGGGGCAGCAUAGUCCAAGGAUCCGACGAGGGUGCACGCACCAGCCCACGAGGCUACGGACGGACGAUGCUCGCAUAUGGUGUCGUGGCUGGGGAAGGUACUGAGACAUGCACGGCGGGCGCCGGCUCAUUGCUGCUCGAGUUCGCCACGCUCUUGCGACUAGUCGGCGUCCCGAUCUACGAGGUCCGUCCUACACGUGAUCGCCUGGCUCAGGCCGGCGGACAGUACAACCUCAUCGAUUGCACACCCUCCUUCAAACGGGAUGUCUAUCAUCUCUCGCCAUCAGGUGAGUAUCUACCAAUGCAUGUAUCUAUCAGCCGGAUCAUGGGCUCAAUCCACGCCCAUCACCGCCAAGGGUACCUAAUCACCCCAACCACUAACCUCGCCAAAGAAAUCAUCUGCAAGUACCUCAAGCACAAUCCUGAUCAAGCUCGUAAGUGGCUCUUGGUCCAGCUCCCUCUGAAAGCUUCGAUUGGUCAGGAGGGCGAGCGUCGGCUGACCGAGGCCGUCAGUCCCCAGAAGGAUGUCAACGGCUUCCAUGCGUACAACCUCGGACUGCUCAGCUCCAGGGGCUCCGAGCCACUCUUUAACCCGUGCACCCCCGCCGGGGUCAUCAGAUUGAUCGACUCUACCGGCUUUCAACUCUCCUGUAAGCAUGCCGUCGUCUUGGGCCGGAGUGAUAUCGUUGGCACCCCAGUCUGCUCUCUUCUCCGUUGCAAAAAUGCCACCGUCACCCAGUGCCAUAGGUACACUCAGGACCUCCCGACAGUCUGGAAAAUAUGUAGGGGUUGUUGGUAUUACACCUACUCCUCUAGGAGAAGGUAA